AUGAGAAUUCAGGGAACACAGCUGAAACGCAAGCACCGUCUCUGUGGCUUCAAAGCCCUAAGCUCCAAGAGACAGAGACUGAGAUGCUUUACAAGAUUAUGCACACCAGGAAACACGUCAAUCAACCCCACAGAGCUUCAGCCACCAGUCAUGACUUCUUUCCCAGUGAUGUUGUUUCUCAUAACUCUGCCAUUGUCAUCAAUUCUCACCGAGGGAAGGGUUCUGCCACAGAAACAAUCCCUCACACCUGCUGAACACACAAGAAAUGUAAAAACUGUUUUGGACAAGAUUGACUGCCAAGAUAAAGAAAAUGAUAUAGAAGCCUUGAAGAGGAUGUUCUGUGUGUCCCAUCAAGAUGAAACAUCAAUUGAUGACAUGAUCGAUGCUAACCAAAACAAUUCAUACCUGUCUACAGUUUUGACUGCUGUCAGAAAAUUGUGCACUAACAAGCAUCAAGAGGACCCAGUAAACUCCCAUAACAUGGCCAAUAAGGCUGCAGGCACCAGAGUUGAUCAACAACAGAAAAAUUUUACUAGGAAAGUCAUAUUAGCGUUAGACGACUUUUUGGAAAGAGUGGCAAAUGUGUUGGCUUCCCAUUAUAUUUAA